AUGUCAGAGUUGUUGACACCGUUUGAACUGCUAGGGAAACAACUCAGUUACGGUGCCACAUCGCCAAUCCUUUCGGACCGCGCUCGGUUCAAACGCCUCUUCCGGUUGAGUGCCCCGGAUCAGUCUAUGAACCCUACCCGCGUCAGCCUCUUGCGGGCCUUCAACUGGAAACGGGUGGCAAUAAUACACGAGGCCCUUGAGUUCUUUUCUGUGUCAAUUAACGAGCUUGUGGGGGCCCUUAAGGAAGCUGAUAUAGAAAUAAUCUCCCAAGAAGUUUUCAUCCAAGAUCCGGUCGCAAGACUGUGGAAUAUCAAGGCGUACAAGCUAGGCAUGUAUGGGCUGAAGAUCGUGUGGAUAUUCCCCGGUUGGUACGCCGAGAACUUCUGGCAAACUCAUCAGAAUGACAUCGGCUGUACUUCAGAACAAAUGAAUGCCGCAGUCGAGGGUUCUUUCCUCACAAGCGCUAUUUUCUACAACCCUAUAGAGGAGAGGGGAAUCGCAAAUAUAACAAGUUCAGAGUUCCAAAAAAGGUUCACAAGCCACCCGUCCUACAACCAAGCCACUAGCGGCUACGACAUAGUGUCUGGACAGUGCUACGACCAUAUCUGGCUAGGUGCGAUGGCUCUAAACUGCACUGUCAGUGCUCUGGAAAGCAUGGGGGGAAAGCGAGUCUUGGUGGCCUACUUCCGACAGGAUCUCGCCCCUGAUUCUUACUUUGAGUGGAUCAAAGGUGCCCUCGUCUGGAAAGGUUAG